AUGUCCGGGCAGGCGACGCUGCUGAAGCCGCAGGAGAUCAGCAAUACACUCUGGGCCUAUGGCAAGCAGAACAUUCCACACGAAGAGCUGUUCAAGGCCCUUGGCUGGUCAGCAUUCGAGUUGGUGUGGCAGUGCCGAUUCAAGCCUCAGGAGCUGGCGACUUCGCUUGAAGCAUUUGCAAGAGUCGGUAUCUCGCAUCCAAAUCUUUUUACCAAUGCCGUGAACGUGGUGAUCCGGAGGUACAGUCAGACAGAGUGUGAAAAUGGCUCAGAGCUGGCAGCAAAGCUUUUAACUGUGGUUGCCUGCCGGCCAGAAAGCUACCAGCCUCAGGCUGCGGCAUGCAGCAGCACUCCAUCGCGACCAACUGGGUCAACCGAUAUCCUGGACGAGUCGGAGUCUGGCGCGUCAGAUGAGGAUGAUGCGUUCAAGCACUGGGCAGACGUAUCGACAGAGUUUAGCAGCAGGAUAAACCAUCUGAUUCUUCACACCUAUGGCGACGUCAAGACGUCCUACCAGCUGAGUGGGAAGAAGCUGGGAGAACUGCAUCAAGCAACUCAGGGCAAAAGCCUGGAGACUGGGAACCGCUACGCCAUGAAGAAGGUGUCCAAGGCCAAAGCAAAGAUGAGGAGAGUGCAGGUCCGCAGCGAGAUUGAUGUCAUGAAGCUGACAGACCAUCCGAAUGUGGUAGCUUUGCACGAAACCUUCGAAGACAAGGGGCACAUCUACUUGGUCUUGGAGCUUUGCGCGGGAGGCGACCUGGGGAUGCACAUGCAACGCCAGGGCCGGCCCUACAGCGAACACCAGGCGGCAAUCUUGAUGGAGCAGAUUCUGAAAUCCGUGUCCUACCUGCACGACUGCAAAGGCAUUUGCCAUCGGGACCUGAAGCUGCCGAACUUCCUCUUCCUCCGAGAGGCGCCGGUGGAGAGCAACGUGCUGAAGCUGGCGGACUUCGGUCUGGCCUGCAGCUUUCAGCCGGGACAGGUGCUCAGCAGUAAGGUGGGCACUGUCCUCUACUGCUCACCCCAGGUUCUGGGAGGUGUGUAUGACCGUUCGGCGGAUUUGUGGAGCUGCGGGGUCAUCAUGUAUAUGCUCCUCGGCGAAGAUCCACCCUUCCCCGGCAAGAAUGAUGCGGAGGUGGCACAGCGUGUCCGAAAGGGCAACUACGCUUUUAGUGACACGAUCUGGUCAUCUGUGCGGCAGGCGCGCUAUGUGGUUUCGCGGGCGCGCCGAGUGACUUCAAUGCG